UUCAAUCAGAUCAACUGCGGGCAUCCUUCGAGAGCGAGACACCGGGUUUCUCAGUCAAGCUGGGACAACAAUUGCUGGGCUGUUCUGCUGUUUCUUUGUCUUUCCCUUUUUCUGCUAAAUAAAUCCUCUGGAGCAUUGUUGGGAUCAUGAAGGAAAGGAGAAAUACACAACCGCUGGUGGUGAGAUGUAAACUGGUUCUUGUGGGAGACGUUCAAUGCGGAAAAACGGCGAUGUUGCAAGUCCUGGCGAAGGAUUGUUAUCCAGAGACCUACGUGCCCACGGUAUUUGAAAACUACACAGCCUGUCUGGAACUGGAAGAGCAGCGAGUGGAGCUCAGUCUGUGGGACACUUCAGGUUCUCCGUACUAUGACAAUGUGAGGCCCUUGUGCUACAGUGACUCAGAUGCAGUUUUGCUGUGUUUUGACAUCAGCCGCCCAGAUACUGUGGACAGCAGUCUGAAGAAGUGGAAAACUGAAAUUCUGGACUUCUGUCCAAGCACACGUAUUUUACUCAUCGGCUGUAAGACCGACCUUCGCACAGAUGUCUGCACACUGAUGGAGCUGUCCAAUCAGAAGCAGACUCCAAUCACCUAUGAACAGGGUUCUGCUAUGGCUAAGCAGCUGGGUGCAGAGGCUUAUCUCGAGUGCUCGGCGUUCACCUCGGAGAAGAGCAUUCACAGCGUAUUCCGCACCGCUGCGAUGGCCUGCAUCAACAAGCUGCAGCCUCUCCCGAAGCCCAGCCCCACCCGACGCCUCUCCAAAAGACUUCUUCACCUGCCCAGCAAGUCAGAUUUGAUCUCCACCACCUUCAAGAAGGAGAAGGCCAAGAGCUGCUCGGUAAUGUGAGUGGAGACCUCUUGGGUUACAGUCCUCACAUUAAACCCACAUCCCCUGCGUCUUUGGUCUCGGGGAAGGGGGGGUGGGCACGAUGGUUUUAUCAGGGUUACCUGCUGAAUCCUUCCCUCACCCCCCCAAGAAACCAAACACCACUCAGAAGAGGUGGACACUUCGCUGUCCACUUGCUCCUGAACCUUUUAGUGCACCUCCAUCCUUUUCCACUGUUUAUUUUUUGUUUGUUUGUUAGUUUGUUUUUUGCUUUCGAACAAACAAUAUCAGUCGAGGUUUGAUCACCAAGCUACCAUUUUAUUUUCACCUGUGAACAGUAUGCAACUACAAUGGUGUUACAUCUGUCUAAUUUUGCUAUCUAUAGGCACAUGUUGAUUUUGUCCGAAAUGGAAAUGUGCAACGUGUGACGUUUAAUCUUGUGAUGUAAAUGCCUCUCGGAAAAUUCAGUGGAUAUUUUUUUUUAACUCAAAAAAUAAAUCUAGCAUGAAACCAUCAGGAAAUAGCAAAAAUCCUGUACAUCCCUCUUAGUAAGGUGUGUGGGGUGUGAAAUAGCGUGUCACUGGUUUCCCCAUUUACUGGAAGUACAUAGAAUAGAUGUACAGGGAGCAAUGGGACAAACCGUGAGAGCUAUUACAUAGAGAGAUGUUCUUAUUGUCUCAGCAGGGAUGAGAGCAGGGAUGAGAGCAGUGAGCACAGGCUGCUGUGCUUACAGCAGUCUAGACUAUGCCAGCCUGCAUGGAUUCUCGAUGCAUGGCUGUGUAGCUCUGGAUAGUGUUGCUCUGCAAGCUUUCAGUGGAAUAACUGGAAGAUGCUGAAGAGGCUCCGUGUACACAAAACGACUGCAGAAAUGCGGAACGGACACAAAAUAUAAGCAGAGGUUUAGCUGGACUUCCAGGGUGUCUUUUAUCACUGCUGGAGUCUGGUGGGAUAGACACAUUUAAUUGCUCUUGUGGUGACCAGGAGCUUAACCACAGUCGGUUCAAUGUUGAGCUUAGCUUUGCUUAGCCUGUUGAUUAUUGAACCGUGGCUGGUUAUCGAUACGAGUUCAGGUGUUAGGAGGCAAAUCUAAAAAGAAUAAGAUCACUCCUACAUGGAAGUCAGACUGACCUGAAAUGGUUUGUAUUUUCAGACACUCUUCAGUAAAAAAUCUGUAGCAUUGCAUUGUUGACAGUUUUUCAACAAUUCUCAAAUGGUAUGCAGUUUUGAAAAAAAUGCCUUUCAUAUUGAGUUCCCAGAAGUCAAUGAGAUUUUUGAAUACUGUAAUUACUGUAAUAUGCCUGGACUCCUCACAUUUGCAUCAAUGCAAUGUAGCACCCUCAACUUGAUUCAAUUCUUCCAAAAGGACUGAUUUUUGUUUUGCACACACUUGUAAAAUCUGUUCACAUCCAAUAAGCAGCACUUACUGUAGGUUACAUUGCAAAAAACAAAGGGAAAAAUCAGAUGCUUUUCUGAGCUUAAAUCUUAGGCUUCAUGGUUAUGUGUGUGUGCAGCAUCGAUCUCUGUGCUUCUAACCAUAAAGCAAUAACGAUUUAAGUGCUUUGUGAUGCAAAAGUAACCUGCGUGGCAAUAACAACGCAGCUUUGUGAUUACUGUCAUGCUAUAAGUGCUCCAUGGAUCGACAUGUUAGAGAUUGUUUCAAUCUCCGCUGUACAAAAGGCUGCUGAUAUAGCCCCUCCUUCCCCCUGUGUAAGUGGUGAUCGGUAUAUAGAAAACCAAGGACGGCGUUUGCGCUAUGAACUAGAUCAGAGUAUUCCAAACAAGAAGGAACAACAUGCUAUUUGAGUUGUUGCUGUCAGCUCAACAUAAUCAUAAUAAAACCACUGAGGCAGUAUGCCUCAAGUGAAUUGUUUAUUGUUU